GCUCCCCCCGCGUCUGCGCGGCCACGGGCGGGGCCGGGGGGGGGGGGGCGGGGUUAUGAAAGGGGCCACGGCCGCGCCCGCCCCAGAGCCGCUUCCCCGCCGCGCCGCUCCGCACCGGCGGCCGCUGCCCUCACCAUGAACAGAAGCUUCUCAAAGAAGAGUCACACAUUCCUGCCUAAAAUAUUUAGAAAAAUGUCUACUCAAUCAGCAAAAGAAAGACCUGAAAGCUUGCAGUUCCCUUUCCUUGAUGAUGAAGAUACCAUCUCCACAGUCAAAGAAUCUAAAACCUUCUUUAUUUUAAGAGGCCUGCCUGGCAGUGGGAAGUCCACUCUUGCCCAGGCGAUUCAAGAUAGGUAUAAAGAUGCCUGCAAGGUCAUCUCCAUUGAUAGCUAUAAAAUUACACCUUUAAUUAGAAGCACCAUUCCUGAAGAGUACUCAAAGGUGGAUGAGGAUCUAGUUGACUAUUGCAAACGAGACAUCAGCGUUAUCGUUUUGGAUGACACUCACCACGAGAGGGAACGACUGGACCAACUCUUUGAUAUUGCUGACAAAUACCGGUACAAAGUCAUCUUUGCUGAGCCCAAAACCCAGUGGCGAAUGGAUUGCUCGCAGCUGAAGGACAAGAAUCAAUGGAAACUGUCAGUGGAAGAGUUGAAGAAGAUGAAGCCGAGCUUGGAGAAGGAAUUCCUACCCAUGUAUUUUGGGUGGUUUUUGAGCAAAAGAAGCUCGGAGAUCCUGAGGAAGGCUGGCCAGGCCUUCUUAGAUGAGCUUGGAAGUCUCAAAGCCUUCAAAAAGGAGAGUAAAUACUUUGCCUCCGCUAUCGAAGAUCCCAAAAUAAAAAUAGAUCUCACCAGCUACUUUGUGAAGAGGCCGCCUGGGGUCUUACACUGCACCACAAAAUACACCGAGUUUGGAAAAGCAGCGGGAGCCGAGGAAUACGCACAGCAGGAAGCUGUGAAGGCUUCCUAUGGCAAAGGCUUCACCUUGUCCAUUUCCGCUCUGUUCAUCACAACAAAAACUGUCGGUGCUCGCGUAGACCUGAACGAGCAGCAGCUGCUGCUGUGGCCAGGGGACGCCGAUAAGAUCCUGCCGACUGACAACCUCCCAAAAGGCAGCCGGGCUCACAUCACCCUCGGCUGCGCCAACGGCGUCGAAGCCCUCCAGACUGGGCUCGAUCUGCUGGAGUUCGUGAAACUGGAGAAGGCAGGGAACAAAGGGGAUGAAGUGGGGGAAAUUGGAGGAGGGAAAGUGCUGUAUUUUGAUAACGGUAUGUGGAUGCUCAACCUUUCUAAAAAGAUGGAUGUGAAGGCAAUAUUCUCAGGUUACUAUGGAAAAGGAAAACUUGUGCCAACGCAGAGCGCCAACAAGCGGGGCUCUGCUUUUAGUUCCUGCACCAUCAUCUAGGAGCAUGGGCAGGGUAGCUCGUUUGUUUGGUUUUAAAAGGCAAGUAACUCCUGUAACCUUUAAAAGUGUAAAGAGAAAUAAUUCUACCUUUACUAAAGUAAGCCCUUUUGCCAACCCCAGUGUGAUGCCUCUCUGGGGAGAGUUUAUUGGCCUCAGAACAAGGAAGAAAAUGACCAACUCCUGACCGACAAAGGAAAACUGUCACAUAACUGAUGAGCUGCUGAGUGUAUUUUGAGUUUUGGAGAGAACUAGCCAUGGUGUUCUGCUUGUUUUCUUCCUCAGAGGAAGAUCAGCUAUGGUCUUUUUAGAACUUCCCCAUGAACCACAAUCGUUAGACCUUUACCUUCAGGACUAUAAGCAGUGGCAGACCAAAGCCUGUUUGUAACCGGUCUGAAGCCAAGCGAACCGCGUAGUGUCCCUCCCCUUCUCCCACACCCAGGGACUGACAUCGGUCCGUCUGGUACCCGAAUUACUGGGUAAAACCAGCAAGACCCACUCGUGGGUCGCUGCUGUUGCGUGACAGUUACUAAUGGUUUAGCCCAUGAGAAGAGAACGUGCAGAGGGCAGCGGGGUCAGAGGCAGCUCCUGCGGCUGUGCUCGUCCCGAUUCACCUUCGCUGUUUGCCCGUGAACCCUGGGGAGCGGAGCGAGGGAAAGCACGCUGCCAGAUAAUGUCUUAGAGCUGUCCCAGACUUCAUGGGAAACCCGUGAACCACCAGGAGAGGCAUUCCGUUCCUGCAGCUUGGCCUUCAGUGCCAGAGGGAGCUGGACCACGUGCUGUCCACGUCCUUGUCCUGUAGGGAACAAUCCUGCCUCGGCAGGGAGUGGAAGAGAUGAACUAACGUCUUUUCCAUCUUAUUUUAUAGAAACUAAAAUCGUGUCUGAAGUAUAGCACUGUACUUCAUGCAAGAUUUUACUACUUUUCUCUAAUGCACUUGAAUGUUAAAAGUUAGGCUGGCAGUAACAUUGUAAUUUCAGAAGUAAGUGGAGGUAUUGUAACUGCGUAACUUAAGUCUGCUCAAACCUAAACCAUUGGCUGGAAAAUCUGUUAAUGAUCAAGCACUUCUGUUAUUAAGUCUGUUUUAUUGACACUGGUGUUUUUGCUCUUAGCCAGGCGGUUUGCCGGUGGGGCAGUGGGUAUGUGGUCACUACUUUACUGUAACACAAAGCUCAACUAAUGGAUUCAGGUCAGGACAGCGUAAGCUCAUGCUAUGGCUCAGUCUUUGGUGAACUGCAUAGUGAAAUUAAUCCCGUAUUAAUACAUGUAAAUACUUACUGUGUUUGACAAGCAUGUGCUGGGCUCGUGUCUGUAAAGGAGCUGUCGUGUGGGCACGGCUUACCUGGAGCUGGGUGUGCGCUGAAAUGUCGCUGGGGAAGCCCAACGCUGCCUGUGCAGAAGCGUUUCUCCUCUGAGUGUUUCUAAGAAAAGCAAGGAGUGCUUCGGGGCUAAUCUGGUAAAUACCCGGCAGGUUUAUCAAUAAAGCAAAAUACUUCCUGCUGAUUCAAAGAGAUGGACAACAAUAAAUUCUCAUUAUAAUGUAAAACCGUUAUGUACGCACCCCCACAGCGCCUGUAACCCUCCCUUCAACAGAGAAACCCUUGCUCGCUUCUGCACCGGCAGACACUCAGCUCAGGCCUUUCCGACAGAAAUCCCGCAGGGGUUUGGUCCAUCAGAACUUGAAAAACGUGUGGCCCGGUGCCCAGGGCAGCUCCCGAGGGAGCGCAGGAGCACGCUGACCCCCAUCCCUCCAGUGCUCCAGAUCACAUCCAGCACUGAAAUGCACAGCUGGAAUACCUUGUUUAUUUGCCUGUUCAAGAACAACAGUGAGACUGUCAUCGUUUAAGUUUUUAUUAGUUUGUACAUCAUAUACAGUUUAUAAUAAAGUAAACCAAUUGCA